UUUUGGUAUCAGAGUGAGAACCGCAGUAGCUGCCCAAAAGUGAUUCACGCUCGCGAACGCCAAUAGCAAUAUUAACAAAUAGAAAAUAGUUUUCGCAUUGCCGCCAGACAAAAAAUUAGAGAAUUUAAAUAAUUUAAUAAAGCAGCCGCAAGUAUUUUCGAAAGUGCAAAACGACAGCCCGCUACGUUUGCGUCGGCUCAAACUCUUGACUGCGCGUGUGCAUGCGUGUGUAUGUGUUUGUGUGAAAGGAGGAGGAGAAGCAACACAAAAAAAGUGUACAGACGACGCGCAGACGCAACGAUCUGCAGUGGCUAAUUAAAAGUACCGAAAAACGCGAGUGAAAAUUAAUUACUAACGGGCGCAAAUUUCGCCAAAAAUCAGAUCACGAGUUGGUUAACAAGCAGCAAACAGCGAUAAUAACAAAAUGGGUUGUGCCGUAGGUACAGCACGAGAUAAAGAAGCCAUCGAACGUUCCAAAAACAUCGACCGGGCGCUCAGAGCCGAAGGAGAACGCGCCGCCUCGGAGGUUAAGCUGCUGCUCUUAGGCGCCGGCGAAUCGGGCAAAUCGACCAUAGUCAAACAGAUGAAGAUCAUCCACGAGACAGGCUACUCACAGGAGGAGUGCGAGGAGUAUCGACGCGUCGUCUACAGCAACACUGUACAGAGCCUGAUGGUCAUAAUACGCGCAAUGGGCCGGCUAAAGAUCGAGUUUGCAGAUCCUGGCAAAACGGACAUUGCUCGCCAGUUUUUCACACACGCCUCGGCGGCGGACGAGGGCAUCCUGCUGCCGGAGAUUGUGCUGCUGAUGAAGAAGCUCUGGUCCGAUGCCGGUGUGCAGCAAUCCUUCUCACGCUCGCGCGAAUAUCAGCUCAACGACUCGGCCGGCUACUAUCUGAACUCGCUGGACCGCAUUGCGCAGCCCAACUAUAUACCCACACAGCAGGAUGUGCUGCGGACGCGCGUCAAGACCACCGGCAUCAUCGAGACGCAUUUCAGCUGUAAACAGUUGCACUUCAAACUCUUUGACGUGGGUGGUCAGCGUUCGGAACGAAAGAAGUGGAUUCAUUGCUUUGAGGGCGUAACGGCCAUCAUCUUCUGUGUGGCGCUUUCAGGCUACGACUUGGUUUUGGCUGAGGAUGAGGAAAUGAAUCGCAUGAUUGAAUCACUAAAACUGUUCGAUUCCAUAUGCAAUUCGAAAUGGUUUGUGGAAACGUCUAUAAUACUCUUCUUGAACAAAAAGGAUUUGUUUGAAGAGAAAAUCAAGCGAUCUCCCCUUACGAUAUGCUUUCCGGAAUACACUGGUUCCAAUACUUUUGAGGAGGCCGCCAACUAUAUACGCAUGAAAUUCGAAAAUCUCAACAAACGAAAAGACCAAAAAGAAAUCUAUACGCAUCUCACCUGUGCCACAGAUACAAAUAAUGUUAAAUUUGUAUUUGAUGCGGUCACCGAUGUCAUCAUCAAGAACAAUCUGAAACAAAUUGGUCUGUUCUAAGGGGGGGGAGAUCAGUUGCGAUACGAGUUUAGAGUGCGUCUUAGUAUUAAAGGAAAACGCGCAAACAUUUCCAUUACAUUAUAAUUAAUUAACUAUAAAGACAUUAUAUGUAUAAUCUGAUUAAUCUACAAUUUUAUGUAUAUACUCUAUGUAGUAUAUGCGAUAGAAUUGAAAACGCUUUACAAGCUCUUGAUAUAUACUUACAUAUAUAAACCGAUUUUGUUGCCAGUAGUCAGUCUCGGAACAAAUAACCAACUGCAAUUAAUUAAGUUAACCGUUAAAAUGCUAUAAGUGAACUAAUUAAAAUACGUAUCCAUGUAUUGUAUGUAAUUUAACAAGUGUGUAAAGUAGACGACGCCAGGAGCUUGGUAAAGAUAGCUGUCCAGAUACAUAUGUAUGUAAUUCCCAAUGCCCAUAAAUGUGGCCAGCUAACUUUGCGUUUAGUUAAGAUUAAAGUAAUUCAUGUGACUAAAUUGCAUCGCGCAAAACAAGUGAACUUUUGAGCACGUGCGUGUCUCAACGGGUUUCCUUGAUUUUCCGCAAUGCAUUUUCGGCCACGUUUUAUAACACUGUCGAGAGUUUGCCAAGAGCUUAGCGCACUAGAAGAAGAGUGCGCGUGGGCCUAAUUUUUGUAUGCCCUCUACAUUUAAUUAGAAAUUUUACUAAUUUUCUUAGUAAUAGCUUAAAUAAAGACAAACUACAACAAACAAUCAAA